UAUUGUACUUUUACUCCAUACAAUAAUCAUAUAGUUUGGACUAUACGAAUUGUGUACACAAAUAUAAUAAUUCUUACACUAAAAGAAGAACGUCUUUACAUUGAUAGUCAGGAUGAUUACGUGUCCGACGAUCGUCAUUUUCAUGGUCAUGUCUUUUCCCUUAAUAGCGUGCAGUUCACAGUCAUGUGUUCUGGACAUACUAGAUGAGUUUAAUCAAAUGAAAGUGGACAUGGCAAAGUCUAAAGCUGCCUGUGCAACUGGGAAGCCAGCGUUUUUUGCAGCACUUACACCGCAUUUUACAUUAACUGGAAUAAAUGCCGUAUUAAAAUUUGAUGACGUCAGAGUGAAUAGAGGUGGAGCAUAUGACCCAUCAACAGGCGUGUUUACUGCGACUGUUCAAGGACUUUACCAUUUUUCCUGUAUGAUUUUGGCAAAUCAUGGUGUCGUAGUACAUUAUCAACUGAACAAGAAUGAUCAGCCAUAUAUUCUAGGUUACUCACAUAAAGGAGCAGCUGCUGACUCGAGUACAAUUAGUGCUAUCAUAGAGCUAAAAGUUGGAGAUCGAGUAUUCGUCAAACAUAGACAUACUGCAGCUUCAGAAGUUGUUUUUGGGGGAGCUCACACGUCCUUUUCUGGAUAUUUUAUACAUGAAUAAACCAAUAAUUACAUCUUGA